AUGAGUUCGGCUCCUUCUUCUUUGGCAUCGGACGUGCGGGCCUUGACCGACCAAUUGGCUAGGCUUACGCUCCGCGUCUCCGCUCUGGAGGCGAGGCUGGGCGAGGAAGACGAGAUAGGCAGCGCUGUGCUUGUUGAGGAGGCUCCGGGGGCUUUUUGGGAAGAGAGUGCUUCGACUUUGACUGGUUCCGCUGCCGAAAGCGACCCCUUGCCGGGCGCUAGCCCCGGGAUCAGCCGCAGCCAGACUGGCGGCAUCCCUCUUCUCCCUGCUGAUCGCGGUGCCUUCGCUGACGAGCUUGGCGACUGGAUCCUUCGAGCUCUUCAAGGGGGACAUCGUGGGCCUUCUGGCCGGGAUCGCCUCCAGCUUCGAAGCAGGGUGUACGUGAUCUACUCUGAUUCGGAAGGGCGUCCUCUUGAGGUUGCCCUUGUUUGCCGCUGCCUCCGUGAUCUUCGGAACAGGCUAGACGUGCUACUGGACGCACAGGCGUCCGUUGGCCUGAUGCCUGAAGAGGAUACCGAAGGGGAGGACCACGCUGGCGACCACGUGGCCUCCCUGAGAGAAAAUCUGGUCGCAACUGGCGAGAGUGGGGCUGAUCUCAACUUCCCCUUGGCGGUGAUCGCCGUUCCUCGCGAGGGUGGGCCUCCUACUCUCAUUUCGGCUGCUUUGGUUGGCAUAGCUGCUUCCGGGGAGAUCGUUGUGGCUCUGCCUGGGACCGUCUGGCACCGCUCUGCUGCCCGCCGCGUGCUGCCGAGGGCUUUUGCAAGGCGCCUUACUGCUGGGCGAGUUCGGCUUUGUCGACCUGAAGAUCGGGGAGCUGCUGUCGAAGGAGACGCCCGCGUUUGGUUCGGACUGCUUACAGAGGACGGCGAGGCUGCCGCUGACUUUGUCCGUGACCUGGAGGACCCGGUUGAGCUCGGCUACACUUUUGGAGCCGAGGAGACAAGUGACCUCGUCCCAUUUGCGCCGUCCUUGGUUGAAGCGUCGGGCCAGCUGUUUGAGUUCGUGACGGCCGAGUCGGCUGCACCGCCUUCUCCAUCGAUACCUGCGCCUCCUGCAGCUGACCCUUUCGCUGCGCGGCUUUCUUCGUUGGAGGCAUGUUUCUCGGAGCUGAAGCAGGACUUGGCAACCAUCAUUGUUGGCGCAGCAGAGCGGCCCCUGCCAUCUCAGCGAGCUCCUCCUUCCGCGGCUCUUCCUUCGAGACCUGCUCGGAAAGCGUCUUCGAAGCCGGCUUCGGCGGUGGGACGCUUCCAGGGGUUAGACCCAACAGUCGCUCAGGCUGCUCUGGACGCGGGCAUCGAGGUCGGGCGCUUGGAGGAGAUGUCCCGUCUUCUUGGAAAGCAAGGCGGAAGGCUUGGGGACUUGCCGGGCAGCAAGGGUGCGCGGGGAGCGAAGCCAGAACCCAAGGACGAGCUCGAGGACGAGGACUCCUUCCCCGAGACGGUUGCCGACGACGAGCCCCUGACGCUUCAGAACCCCAUGGAGAUUGCGGUCAGCAAGCUGACGGAGAUUGCGGGCCAGCUGGCAGCGCAGAAAAAGAAGGAGGGUUCGUUGGAGGCGCUUCUCGAUGGAGGCGGGUCUGGAUCGGCCGAGGGCAUCAGAGCGGUGGAGCUUGUCAAGAUCUUGGAGCGGAACCUCGAGGCCGACUUCAACAUGCAGACCUCCCUGCCAGGCUCGUCGACUGUUCCGGUCUCUUGCCGUGCGUGGCUGGAGCUGAGGAGCAAGAUCCAGAACUAUCCCAGCACCAUUCGUUUUUGCUGGGCGAUCGCCGGCAUCGCGGACUGCAUCAAGGCCCAAAAGUACCAGGAGGCGCACCUCCGAUGCCUUCUUUCUCUUGCUGCCACCGACCAGUUGAGCAUCGACCGAGGGUCGUGGACGCUGGCGGGCGAGAUGACACUGGAAGAGGCGCCGCCAUUUCAGGCCUUCGUGCGAUGGAUCGAGGUCCUGACCACCCACCUGAAGCAGCUCGAUGCCUACCUCGACGCCAGAAAGAAGCUGGGCUCCGCGCAGACGCCGACCCUGAGGAGGCGAGACGACCAGCAGCAAGGCGAGGAGGAGCGCCCCCCUCUGCCGGGACGAAAAGGCGAGGGGAAGAAGGGCAGGGGCCGAGACGGCCGAGAGAAAAGCGAGAAGCCCGCGGCCGAGGCCCGCCAUAACGCCGUCGACUUGGUGGUGGCGCUUCUUGACUGGCUUCACCUAGGUCGCCCGCAUGUGGCCCCAAAGGACCUUCUUUCGCGAGCCAAGCUGAGCGGAGAACAGCGAGCGGUUGCUACUCGGAUUGAGGCCAUGUUGAGUGAUGUUCUUUGUCAUGCUGCGGUUGCUGCUUCGGAUAUGGGGCGUGUGGCGUCAAAGAUCGAGAACUUGGAGGGCAUGAUUGCUUCGCUUCAACAGCAAGGUUCCGCUUUGGCCGCACGCUGUCACGGAUAUCACGCUGGACCUGGGCAUCUCCCGCGCUUCGACCCUGUGGAGAUGGAAUUUGGAGAGACUGUUCCCGACCAUGCUCGUCGCUCCACUUUGGCCCGACCGAUUCUGGCUUCUCGUGUUGAGUUUGGUGACGCCGCCGCCUUUGACCCAGUGAAAUUCCUGGACUCUGAUUGCGCCGCCCACUACCUCAACCCGCUGGACUAUGCCUUGGGCGAGUCGGAGGCCCUGGUGGAUCCGCCGCGCACCCGUGUUCUGGCUGGACCGGGGGAGCGACCUGCGCUGCUUCGGAAGCUUGACAGAGGAGGCCGUUUGCGCCUCUUGCCCUCGACCUUGUGCAGGCGGAGGCAUCUGAACGGCCUCUUUGCCAUUCCCAAGUCUCUGGAGCGCGACCGGCUCAUCAUGGACGCUCGGGGUCCGAACCUGCUUGAGGAGGGCCGGGUUGCUUGGACGCGUUCGAUGGCAAGUGCGGUCAGUCUCUUUGGCACGGUUCUGCAGCCUGACGAGGUUCUUGUCUUCAGCGGCACGGACCUCAGAGACUAUUACUACCAGUACCUCGUCUCCCCGCAGCGCGUGAUCCGGAAUGCCUUGGCUCUCGAGCUCUCGGAGGGCGAAGCUAGACUCUUCACGUGCUUCGAGGAAAAGUUCGCCGGCAUGGGCCCUUUCCGUCCAUGCUUCAACUCCAUGGCGAUGGGGGACCUGAACUCGGUGGAGUUCGGGCAAUGUGCGCACCUCUCCCUGAUCCUGAAUUCUGGCAGUGUGUUCCCCGAGGAGUUGCUGACGAUGAAGAGCCAGCCGUCUCGUUCAAAGGUUCAGGGGGGCGUGGUCAUUGACGACUUCGUGGUGGUGGAGAGGAUGGCCCGCCAGCCUGAGCUACGCCGAGGUCCACCUUCCAGAGAAUCGGAAGAAAGCUUUUUCCGAGCAGCCUGUUGCCGAGUUCUGGGGGGCUUCUCUGGAUGGGACGCCGGUACGAGCCGACCUACGGUUGCUCGUCUCUUGCCGGUGCUCUCCCUGACGGCCGAGAUCGUGAAGCUCGGGCAUUGUACGCGAUACCUCCUCGAAGUGGUCGGGGGCUUCUUCAUCUCCAUCUUUCAGUUCAGGCGACGCUGCAUGGCUCUCUUGGAGGAGGUCUUUAAAGCUCCUGCGGACUUGGGCGAGCACGUGAUCUUCCGACUUUGGCCUCGACUACGAGCUGAGCUUUGGAGCCUGAUUGUCAUUGCGCCCGUUGUUCGGUGGAACUUUCGCACUCGUUGCUGCACCGAGGUCUCUGCCACGGACGCGUCGGACUCCUGGGAAGCUGAAGUUGCCACUCACGUCUCCGAGGAGUUCGCUGACGAACUAUGGCGGCAUGUGCUCCGCAAGCCUGUGUGGGCCAAGCUCCUGAAGCCCGAGUUUGCCGAGCUGCGUGAGGCCGGAACCUUGGAUGAGCAGUUCGAACUGCCGGGCGAGGUCCGGAAACCAGUGUCACCGGCGCCAGCUUUCUUGCAAUCCGCUUUGAAUGGGUCUUUUCAGCAGCUUGACGAGGAGCUCCGAGCCUACGGCGUUGACUUUGUCUCGCUGCUUGAGCUUCCGCCUCUGGAGUCGAUCCGUCGCCUUUGUGAAGAAGUCCCUGAGCUUGGGCGGCGGGCUCGACGGCGGUUGUGGAUUUCCUCCUCAGCAAAGCGCCGGGCCGAGAAGCGGAGGAUGAAGGCGGCGAACCUCCGAGAGCUUCCCAGAAGUUCUGCCUCCGCUCCUGGCCGGAAGGAAGAGAAGCCGCGCUUGUUAGAGCCCAGCCCCUGCUCUGCUCUGCCUGCUGAGUGUGGUGCUGGCAUCCUUCAACUUCUCCUCUCCUUCGACUCCGACCAGUUUGUGCUGCCGAAGGGCAACAAUCUGGCGCUGAUUACCUUGCUGCAGAAGCCCGGGUACCUUGACCUUUAUUCGGGCUCUCUGGGUGUGGCCAGACAGGUCGCCAGCAUCUCCGGAUCGUGGUGUUUGACUUUCGAUUGGGGCCGCUCCGCCAGCGAGAACCUUCUGUGCCCGGAUCUCCAGAAUAAGAUCCUCUACUUACUCAAGCACGGCGCUUUCCUGGGCGCCGGCGGGGGGCCAAUUUGCAGUUCUUUCAGCCGGGCCGUACGGCCACCUGUUCGCAGCCUUGCCUUUCCGCUGGGCCUACCUGAUGCCCGGGCUUCGAUGCUUUCAAAGAUUGCUGACGGCAACUCCCAUGCUGACUUCAUGGCUACUGUGGUGGAGACUGCCUUGGACCUCGCCCUCCCAGCUUGGGCCGAAAACCCGCACGGGAGCUACCUUUGGAGCACUCCGCGCUGGACCCAGCUGCUGCGCAAGUACGGCCCGGACGGUCCAUCGAUGCAGUUCACUAAGGCCGCUGAGGCCUACCCCAGAGGCCUCAACAAGCUCCUGGCCUGGCACCUUGUGAACCCUCGGCUUCCAGCUUGCCAACGUCGACGACUUGACGUAGCAGCAUGCGCCCGAUGCCAUUCUGUUCGUAUCGGGGAAGCUUCUCGUCCAGGGCCAGAUCUUUCAGCUCCGCUGUCUUUAGAGGAGGUCCAGCUUGUCUCCGCUCGGACACUUGCAAUCCAGGAUCGUGUGCUCGGAGACUUUGAGGGUUACCUUCGUAGGGAGCUUAGUGGUCCAGCACGUAAGUCCUUAUGUAGUAUUGCCAUGGUGUACUGCUUCCUUGUGCGUUGCUACGGCAACUGGCUCUUUCAGCAGGGCGAACCGCUGUACAAGUUCAGGCACUUGAUGGCUUUCCUGCAGAAAAACCGCUUCGAGCUGCGCCCGUACUUGAGUUUCGGCUGGGACCUCAUCACGAGGUGGGAAAGGCUAGUUCCGGUCGUGCACCGCGUGCCGGUCCCUGAAGCCGUCGUGCGAGCUUUUCUUUGUCUUGGAGUUCUUCGUGGCUGGAAGAGAUGGUGCUGUGUGCUCGGCUUGGCUUACUACGGCUUGGGCCGCGCUGGUGAGCCUCUGCGAGCAAAGCGGCGAGACCUCCUUCUGCCUAGUGAUACAUUGAGCCUUCCCGGUGCGGGAUGCUAUCUCGCAGUAAAGUCUCCUAAGACUGCUUUCCGUGGAAAAGGAAAGACUCAGCACCUCUGCGUCAAGGAGACCUUCUUCGUGCACUUCCUGGAAGCUUGCUUGGGCCAGCUGGAACCAGAAGAGGAUCUCUACCCAGGCUCCGCGGGCGCUUUUCGCCGUCGCUGGGACUGCCUCUUAGAAGAGCUUGGAGUUCCGAAGUCGGCAAAGCUACUACCCGGCGGACUCCGAGGUGGAGGUGCUGUUCGAGAGUACAAAUCUGGGGUCGCUAUCAGCGACUUGAUGUGGAGGAUGAGGAUUCAAAACGUUGCUACGCUGGAGUCCUACGUUCAAGAAGUGGCAGCGGUGUCAGUGUUACCAGCCCUUACAAAGCAGUGUCGACAGAGUGUGGCAGCUGCUAGCGCGCUCCUCGAAGUGACUUUGGUUCUCAUGAACAGACCCUCCCCGUUUCGAACCGUUUCCAAGCUCAUAAAGGAAAGUGGUCUGCCCAAAGACAUCGGACCUGGGCCGUUGAAGGAGAAGCGGCAGGCGAGAUUUCGGCGUCAACCGAGCAGUGCGACUUGCGAUCGGAUUGACCGUGCCUUGCAACAGCGUCUGUACCUGUUACAUCGAGAGCAACAUCCUGCACAAGGACCAGGAGCUUCAUUUCGUGUGUUGGGCAGCACCGGCAAUGUUUACACCGUAGAUCUGGGCACGAGGCCCAGCUGUGACUGCCCAGAUUUCUUGAAAGGCGCCAUGUACGUCAGCCGGGCGCAGCAGCAAGCUUUCAGGCAAAUGCGCAAAGCGGCCAAGAAGGAGCUGAAACAGAAAAAGCAGGAAGAGUUGAUCAAGUUGCUUGUUUGGAGAGAUUUGGGAGAUGAUUUCUACGUCCUGCGGCAAGGAGAAGCCAGUGUGACAGUGAGGACCCUCAAGGGCGAGAAGGUGGUGGGAAGACUGGGGCCGGGUGACUACUUCGGCGAAAAGGCCCUCUUGGCAUCCGAGCCGCGAACGGCCACGAUCACCACCGAAAGUUUUGUGGAGUGUUUACGAAUUCAGCGCAAGAACUUCGAAGAGCUGGGGCUCAAGGAGAAGCUGACCUUCGCAGAUCGUAAAGCACAACGUUCCGCAAAGCCGCGAAAACUUCACCCACCUGCCGAAAAGACGGAACGAGAGUGCAACUUCAUCAGGGAAGCUCUGCUGAACAAUGAGAUGUUGAAUGGUGGGAUGAGCGUGAUAUCGGAGGAGAAGAUAGAGAAGCUGACGCACACGAUGUGGAAGGAAAAGAUCAUGCCAGGGAGGAGACUCAUCCGCGAGGGCGACUUGGGCGCCGAACACUUUUACAUCAUCGAGUCUGGUGCGUUUGAAGUGAUCAUCACAGAGAAGCUUGGGGCAACGCACGGGCCUGGGGAGGUUGUCCACAGCAAGAAGACGGUGGUGGACGUACUGCGCAGAGGCCACACCUUUGGCGAGCUGGCCAUCCUGUUUCUCGUUCCCAGGAGAGCAACUGUUGUGUGCACAGUCGAAGCAAGUGUGUGGGUCGUCGACCGCCACCAAUUCAAACAAAUCGUUAUGCCAACAAGCGAGGAGAAGCGCACGGAAUACAUCAAGAUCUUCUCGUCAGUUCCAUUGCUGAUGCCCCUGCUCACUGCAGAGAAGCAAGAGAUGGCCAGUGUCAUCGUUGAAGUAAUGUACAACUCUGAGGAGAUCAUCGUCGAGCAAGGGGCGCCUGGCAAUACUUUCUUCAUUCUGGUAGAGGGCAAGGUAGCCAUUAUGAGGGAUGGUUUGAUGGCUGGGGAGCUUGAAGCCAACAUUGCAAAGAACAACAUCCCCUACUUUGGUGAGAGGGCCCUCUUGUACCAAGAGCCCCGUGCUGCGACUGUCAAGGUCAUCUCAGAGUCUGCCCGGUGCCUCAUGUUGGACAAGGAGGCAUUUGACGAGCACAUGGGGCUAUUGAAAGAGGUGCUGGAGAAUGCACUCAAGUCGUUACAUGGCCUGGCAGAGAAGAAAAAGUCGCACCAUCCCGGUGAUCCAGAACGAGACAAGAUCUUGCAUAAAGAGCUGGUCUAUUGUGGACGAUUUGGCUGCGGCGGCUUUUCAACGGUUGACCUGGUGCAGCAUUCAGAGACGGGCAACACGUAUGCCUUGAAAACUGUCAGCAAAGGCUACAUCUUGGCAGCAAACAUGAAGGGGGCUAUUGCCAAUGAGAAGGAUGUCCUCUACAUGACCAGCUCUCCAUUCAUCAUCAAGCUUUAUGAGACGUACAGCACAAAGACCUCACUGGGUUUCCUCUUGGAGGCUGCGCUUGGCGGCGAGCUUUUUACUAUCUACAAGAAGCAGGGCUUCUUUGGCAGUGAGUUCCACACAAGGUACUACAUGGCUGGUGUGGCCUUUGCUCUCGAGCACAUGCAUGACCGCCGUGUGAUUUACAGGGACUUGAAGCCAGAGAACUUGCUUCUGGACCAUAAAGGCGGCCUGAAGUUAACAGACAUGGGCUCUGCCAAGUUUGCUACGGGAAGCACCUACACGGUUGUGGGAACACCAGACUAUUUCGCCCCAGAGAUGGUCAAGGCAAACGGGCAUGAUUGCGCUCUUGACUGGUGGUGCUUGGGAGUUCUCAUCUUCGAGCUCAUGGCGGGAAAGCCACCAUUCGAGUCUGCAUACCCAUUUCAGACGUUCGCUAAGAUUGAGAGGGGGAUCGAGAAGGUAAGGUUCCCGGCUUCGAUGAUUGGUAGUGUGGAAGAGCUCGUGAAGGUGCUCUGCAUACGUGACCCGGCGAAGCGGCUUUGCGUGCUGCCAGGGGGCAUCGCCAAUCUGUGGAAACAUGGAUGGUACUCAGGCUUCGAUGCCAGUGCAGUGAAGGCUUCCACAAUGCCAACUCCACACACACCGCUCGUGCGAAGCAACAGGGACCUCAGCAACUUCUAUUCAAACCCCGAGGACCAUCCAAGGGAGCUCCCUUAUGAUGAUCCUGGAGAUGGCUGGGACGAUUUCUUUGCCAGCUGCUAG